AUGAAUGGGGCGCAUAUCUUCAAGAGAUCCGUCGCUGUGUUUGAUGCACAGAGUACCGAUAGAGGAGAGAGAGCCAAGGCCCGUUCAGUGACCGCCACCUUUGAUAUCUUGAGGCAUUAUUGUCAGAUUGAUCAGAGAAUCAUUGAGAACAUGUCGGGCAUGGAUGAUCCCGAGAACGGGAUGCUCCUAGCUGCUAGUUGCCAUCUCGCAUUCGAUGCGUUCAAGUGGUGCUUGAUUCCCACUGAGACAGACAACCACUACAAGAUCAGGAUAUAUGUCCCCAGUGAUAUGGGCGCACAGACGAAGAAGACUCACACCACGUUCAAAGACCACAGCCCUGAGUGGCCGAUGGACAACCCCGAAGACAGUUCGUCGCGUAACCUUCGUAGUGGGAAGCGCACCCACGACAAAUUGGGUGUCGCACUCCCUAAUCCCCAGCUCCUGCGGUUGCAUGCUGCACUAACAGGUGUCUUACGCCUCAGCGGCGCUGCUGAGAUCUUCGAUCGAAUUAUCUCGUCCGACGGUUCCGAUGAACCCGCUGUACCGAGUGCUGAUGGCACAACUUUCUACAAGUCUAUCGUAGUUGAUAGCAGUGCGUACGGGCAGUCUGCGGAGAUGGUCGAGUAA